UUGAGAUAAACCGGAUGGACAUUGUUUUAGCAUCUUAAACCGGACAGUGUCGUGGAGCAUCUGAAUCGGACAUUGUGACGUCAUCUCUGAAACUAGACAGUAUUCCUCUGCUUAAGAAACUACGUAAUAUCACUUAAUUCUUCAUGCAGGAUAAUGUCAUAUAUCAUUGAAACUUGAUAGUAUUCAACAGUCCUUGAAACUGAGCAUUGCUUCAUAGCCCCUGGAACCAAACAGUGUAUUCCAGACCCUGAUAUUGGAGAGUUUCUGGAAUAAUAGUUGCCAUGAAAACCAUCAAAGAUUUCUUACAAGUCAACAACACCUGUUUUCUGGUAAACUUUGGAAGUGUAAUAAUGAUGUUUAUAGGUUUGUGGAAUUCAGUAACUGCAGUAGGAGAAUGUUCAAUGUUAACAUCUUCCCUCAGGAAUAAUCUACAGAACAUGGCAAUUCCUACUCGUCAAUUGUGGACAAAAGCCAAUGUCAGGACGCCAUUCCGAUGCGCGGAACAGUGUAAAAAUGACGACGCCUGUGUGAGUUUCUUCUACAAUCGGGACUCUCUAUCAUGUGUUGGACAUUCCAUAACAUUGGGAAUUACAGAUGGAUCCAUGUCUGCCGUCGGCAAUAAAUAUUAUGUGGGUGAAGUCGGUGAAGGUUAUAUAGGCGAUGUCUGUACUACGUCUUCGGAUUGUUACGUCACAGAUUCGGAGUGUCGCAAAGGAGCUUGUUGGUGCGCCGCCGGAUACAGCUUUUGGCCAAGUUCGAGAUCAUGUGUCCAAUACUGCACCACAUACGGGAAUGAUUUCACCGAAGUGCUUGGUAACGGUAUCUAUGAAAAUGACGAGGAGACCAUUCUUAAUGUAACAUUUGAAUCUUGUACUCAGUCAUGUGUGUCGGCUACGCGGUACACGUGCGUCACGUUCGAUUACGGUUGGAAGAACAGCAAAUGCUUCCCCCAGAGUGUCACCAAAUUCGACAAACCAACUGAUUGGUAUGAGGACAAACUUGACACUGGAUACGCCCACUACCAGCGUGAUUGUCUUUGAAUGAUUGAUGAUCAGGCUUGUAAUUCCUAGAAAUUGCACUGGUCAUUCUUGUUACUGCAAUGGUUAUUCUCGCCGAACGGACAGUCCAUCUUACCAUACAUGUAGCUACAAAGAAUGUUUCUGGACGGGCUGAUGUUUUUCAUCAUUCUUGUAACCAUAAGUGAUAUUUUCUGUUGGCAAACGGCCUCUCUUACAAUUUAUUGUCCUGUUAUUGCAAGGGGAAAUUUUCUCAGGACAGACGGUUUAUCUCAUCAUCGCCUUUUACAACAAAGAAGGUUUUUCUCUGGAUGAGGAACGGUCAAUCUCGCCAGUCUAUUUACGUACUACUCUCCUGUUUGGAGAUUGUCUACACAGUUAAUUGUAUAUUUGGUCCAUGAUAAGUGCCUGAAAAUUUUGUGAUGUCUUUUGUGUUACUACGUUCUCUUUCUUCAUUAAGAUAUGUG